AUGAGCACCAUUCCAGUAACGAUUGACUUCUCAGGUGGAUCUGAAUUUCUUGUUAAGUCAAAAGAAGCGAAGGCUGACUUUCCAAAAGGCUCAACGUUGCGUGAUGUUAUGAAAUAUGUAGAGACGAAGCUUGUUACUGAUACAGACAGGAUAAAUAUGCUUUUUAAGCCAAAUGGAACAGAGGUCGCACAUGGAGUAAUUGUCCUCAUCAAUGACACGGAUAUUGCUCUUCUUGAUGAAUACAACACAGUUAUCGAAGCAAAUGAUAAGAUAACAUUUGUUUCAACCCUUCAUGGCGGUUAA